UUAAAAGGAAACACGUUUGCCAGAAAAGAGCAUACCGAAUUUUUCUGAGGAAACUGAUGCCAUUCACGCAACAUAUGAUAGUGUAUGCUAGUGGAAUUCGGGAUGAUGCCCCCAAUGAGAGUGAUAUGGAAGAAAUCAACAAUCCAGCAACAACAAUAUCGGACGAAGGUUGCGAAAGCUUGGACACUCUCGAAAACGAGUUGAGGAUAAAGUUAGAAGCAUUUAAAAAUAGUCAAGUCAUGCAAUAUCGCAAAAAUACAACUGCACCUACCGAAAGUGAAGAGGAGCUCAACUUCAGUUUUACAGAGAAACUUACACCAAACACAAAGGCUAGAUAUAACAACCUGACUCCAAGAAAAAGGAAAACAUUUGCUUGGGCUAUUGAAGUCGCGCAAAAAAUAAUAAAGAGACCCGAAAUAGAUGUGAGAACUUCCUAA